UGUUCUAAUGUUCGUCUCUGCUUCAAAUUCGCGAGCAGUCCGCGUUCUCUGAACGCACGCAUAGAUCUCCAGCACGGCCUUGCGAAACCCUAACCCUAGUUUCGUUGCUGCAGAGAUGAGGAGGCGAAAGGCGCUUGCGAACUCGAGGAAGCGGAAGUCUCCGCCUCCGGAGGAGGAGGUGGUGAGCGGUGGAGUGGAGGCGAGGCAGGAGGAGGAGGAGGUUCAGAGUGGGGCGGUGGAGACGAGACAGGAGGAGGUUCAGACUGGGGUUGUAGAGGCGAGGCAGGAGGAUGUUCAGAGUGGAGCGGUGGAGGCAAGGUCGCUGGAGGAGGUUGAGAGUGGAGCCGUCGAGACUAGGCCGGAGGAGGAGGUUGGGAAUGGCGGUGUACCUGAGCCCCCGGCUAGAAAGAGGACUCGUAAAACGCCUAAGCCAGAGGCAUCACCUGAGUUUUUCCCGGAGAAGCGAAACUUGGAGGAUUUGUGGCAAGCUGCAUUCCCUGUUGGAACUGAGUGGGAGAACAUGGACAAGCUUGGAGAGAUUAAGUGGGACUUUUCCAAUUUAGAGAGUGCCUUUGAAGAAGGGGGAGCUCUUCAUGGGAAGACUGUCUACAUGUUUGGCUGCACUGAGCCUCAACUUCUUGUGGUGAAUGGGGAACAAAAGGUCACACUUAUUCCUAUUGUUGUUGUGGUUGACUCUCCUAUUCCUCCAUCGGAUAAAAUAGGCAUAAAAUCUGUUCAAAGGGCGACUGAAGAAAUAAUUCCAAUGAAGGCCAUGAAAAUGGCAUGGGUUCCAUACAUUCCUUUGGAAGACAGGCUAAGUCAAGUCGAUAGGUUGAAGACCCAAAUCUUUACCUUGGGAUGUACCCAAAGGAGAUCUGCUUUAAAGCUUCUGAAAAUUGAGCGUGUAAAGCAAUAUGACUAUUGCCUUCCAUAUUUUCAGCCUUUGAAGGCAGAUGAAGAUGAAGAUGAUUCAGUGGUUAAUAUCAUGUUCCCGCUUGAACCUCCAAUUGUAUGUGAUUUUGAUUGGGAAUUGGAUGAGUAUGAGGAGUUUACUGAUGAGCUCAUUAAGAAUGAGGCAUUGCCUCACGACAAGAAGGAUGAAUUCAUGGCUUUCGUGAGAGAGCAGGUCAAGGAAAGAAAGAAAGCACAGCGUGAGGCAAAGCAAGCCCGACAAAAUGCUAUAGAUGCAAUGGAUGAUAAAACAAAAAGUGCUUUUGAGAACAUGAAGUUCUAUAAGUUUUACCCAGUACAGACACCUGAUACACCUGAUAUAAGCAAUGUCAAGGUACCAUACAUAAAUCGAUACUAUGGGAAGGCGCACUUUGUCAUGUAAAGAUUGCUGAGUUGGACAGCCGCCAAUGUUUUGUUAUUUUACUCCAAAGACUAUAAAAUCAAUUUCAUUUCUUCGCGUCAAUAGCAUAGAUUCUGAAGAUAUUUGGGAGUUCAUCUCACCUCUCCCUGGAUCAAAACUUUUUGAGUUGUAACAUUAGCUGGUUAGCAGGGCCCCUCUCUAUCUAAACAGAUUAUCGGGCUAGGCUCGGCUCAAAUCUUUUAUUAUUUUCUGCUUCCUUUUUGUUAUAUUUUCAUUUAAGUUGGGGGAAGAGGGGAAUGGUGUUGGAUACAAAAAGCAUUUGUAGCAAACUUAAUAAGUUUGGAAUUUUCUGAAAAAUGUAACAUAUUGAAAUUUUGAAUCUGACUGAACUAUUUGUUGCAAAAGCUCUUCUGUUUAUGAGGUGACAGUUGCUCAUUCAACGUUA